UUAAGCACGUGGCUCUGACUGAUAACACCGAGUGUGUGUUAACACAAUAAAACUCAAUAAAAUCAAAUGGAAGUUGAGAGAGAAAUGCAGCAAACUCGAAUGUAUUUUUUAAACAAUUUUUUUCGAGUGCCCCCUUUCGGCGGUGUUUUAAGUGCGUGAGAUUUGAUAAGAUGAUCGCAAAUGACCUCCUGAAACCCUGUCUGUGAUUUUUGUUCAAGUGCCGCGGGAGAAAAGUGCGUGGAAAGGCCAGGAAAAACUCGGCGAUUAGCUAACGUCUGGUCAUAACCAUUUACCAUUUACAAGUAACCGGAGCAGUGCAUUCAACUCCAUUUGGAUGCAAUCCAAGAAAAAAAACAUGAAUUGUGAAAUGUAAAAUGUAAAAGGAGGGGUCCUUAAAGAAGUUUAAGCAAACAAUCUAACCAUGCUAUAAUAUAUGUGGAAAUUACAAAUAUGAUAAAUUAAAAUACAGUUUUGAAGUAAUAAUUUAAUAUUUCAUAUAUAAAAAGAUAAAUAGAAAAACAUUUAAUUCAAGUAAACUUUAAUGAUGAAGGGAAAAACUAAAUUCUAAAAGCACCUUUACUACCAUAAAUCAAAUAUAAAUCAAUAACUUACAAAUUUGUAAUUCCUAAUAAGAUAACAAGUUCUUAGCACCUUAACAAGUAAAAGUUCAACAUAAAUCGGUUAUGAAAACACUAUUAAUAAUAAAACGAUACAUUUAAAGCGCGUGUGUCAAGUAUUAAAAACCAUUUAAUUUUAAACAUUUAAUAAAAUUGUGAUAUAAAACUAAAGAUACAUUUAAAGAAAGUAAAAAAUUUACAUAAAAUAAAAUCAAAAUACCUCAUGUAAAAAUGUUAAUUCGUGUUCAGUAUGAUUAUUAAACUUUUAAGUUGAAAAAACUUAUUUCAAAAGGUUCUAAAAUACUCUACAAAAAACACUGCAAUCAAAUAACUAAAAUAAACAAUAAAAUACAAUUUCAUAUACAUUAUUAAGCCAUAAUUUACAAAUAAUGAUUCCUUAAUAUAUAACGAAAGUAAUAAGCCACCAUAAAAAGCGACCAGAAAUAUUUGCAAAUGUUUAAAAUGAGUCAUAAACAUUAGUUUGGAAUAGUUUAAAGCCUUAAGAAUCACCCAAAAACCACAGCAAUGAGCAGCAACAAUGGCAACGAACAGCCGCAACAGCAGCAGCAGGCGGAAGCCCCAAGAGCAACAGCAGUUGCAGCUGCAGCAGCAACAACCACUGCCAACACGGAAGCCAAUGCAACUGGAUCGGGAUCCGGAUCGCAGAACUUGCGACCUGCAACGGCACCAGCACGCUCCAGCAGCAGCAGCAACAACAACAACAACAAUGCCACCAGCAGCACCAGCUUUUACAGGGUCAACCUGAGCAACACGAACGGCAGCAACAUCAACAACAACAGCAGCACCAACAGCAGCAACAAUCCGAAUCUCGCCAGCAAUAACAAUCACCAUGAGAUCAGCAGCAACACCACUUUGGUGGUCAACACCAGCAGCACUGCAGCAGCAACAGCAGCACCAGCAGGAACAGGAGCAACUGCAGGAGCAACAUCAGCCACCAACAACAACCACAUCUAUGUGAAUCCACAUAGUUACGACAGCAGCACCACCGGCAGCGCAAGUGGUUCCACGGCGGUGAUGUUGCCCCUGCCCCUCACUCUGCCGCUGAACCUGCCACACCAGCUAUUGCCAGCAGCAGCAGGAGCAGCGGCAGCACCAUCACUCGAGUCCCACCAGCAACAUCCACUGGGCGGCAGCAACACGGGGGCAAUCAGCCGAAUCGGAACUCUAACUGGAACCGGGACCUCCACAUCCACCACCCUGAGCACCCUGAAUACAUAUCUGUUUCCCUGCGGCGCCGAUUCCGCCAGCAGUUGCGACCUGGACAGCAACUUCAGCCAGAUGCUAGGGGCUGGCAGCGAGGGGGGUGGCAGCAGUUCCCUCAGCCAGACGACUGCGCCGGCGGGAACGGUGGCGGGAUUGGGAUUGGGGGUCCAGCUGGGACUCGGGUUCAUCAACAGCCGGCGGCGCAUCAGGCGGCUGUUCGGAGUGGGCGAAGUUGUGCCGGCGGUGGCCACGCCCACACCCUAUGCGGCCGCCCUCCGACGGCGCAGUUCGCAGAUUGUGCAGAUGACCAAAAAGAGAGAGAAGGAACUUGAGGAUCUGGAGCAGCAGCAGAGAAUAGCCACGGUGGCCUCGGCAAAUGCCGCUUUUCUAGAGCGUCGCGAGCAACAGCAGCAGCAGCAGCAACAACAGCAACAACAGCAACAUCAGCAACAGCAGCAGCCGCAAUAUCAGCAACAUCUGCAGUUUGCCUUCAAUCCCAUGCAACCAGAGGCUGGUAAAAAGAAGAAAAAGAAACCACCUGGACCGCCGGCCCACACGAGACAGCAAUCAUCACGAACCAUGGACGAUCCCAUGAUGAAUCGACCGCGGAAGGGCACACCUGCUAGUGGCAAGAAAAAGGACAAGGGACCGGAGAACCCCUAUGAGAAGUCUUUGCCCAAAUUGAGCAGUCAAGACGAAGAAGGGGGGGCUGGUCAUGGCUUUGGUGGCGGACCGCAACACUUUGAACCCAUUCCUCACGAUCAUGAUUUCUGCGAAAGAGUCGUUAUAAAUGUAAGCGGAUUAAGGUUUGAGACACAACUGCGUACGCUAAAUCAAUUCCCGGACACGCUGCUUGGGGAUCCCGCUCGGAGAUUACGGUACUUUGACCCGCUUAGAAAUGAAUAUUUUUUUGACCGUAGUCGACCGAGCUUCGAUGCGAUUUUAUACUAUUAUCAGAGUGGUGGCCGACUACGGAGACCGGUCAAUGUCCCUUUAGACGUAUUUAGUGAAGAAAUAAAAUUUUAUGAAUUAGGUGAUCAAGCAAUUAAUAAAUUCAGAGAGGAUGAAGGCUUUAUUAAAGAGGAAGAAAGACCAUUACCGGAUAAUGAGAAACAGAGAAAAGUCUGGCUGCUCUUCGAGUAUCCAGAAAGUUCGCAAGCCGCCAGAGUUGUAGCCAUAAUUAGUGUUUUUGUUAUAUUGCUAUCAAUUGUUAUAUUUUGUCUAGAAACAUUACCCGAAUUUAAGCAUUACAAGGUGUUCAAUACAACAACAAAUGGCACAAAAAUCGAGGAAGACGAGGUGCCUGACAUCACAGAUCCUUUCUUCCUUAUAGAAACGUUAUGUAUUAUUUGGUUUACAUUUGAACUAACUGUCAGGUUCCUCGCAUGUCCGAACAAAUUAAAUUUCUGCAGGGAUGUCAUGAAUGUUAUCGACAUAAUCGCCAUCAUUCCGUACUUUAUAACACUAGCGACUGUCGUUGCCGAAGAGGAGGAUACGUUAAAUCUUCCAAAAGCGCCAGUCAGUCCACAGGACAAGUCAUCGAAUCAGGCUAUGUCCUUGGCAAUAUUACGAGUGAUACGAUUAGUUCGAGUAUUUCGAAUAUUUAAGUUAUCUAGGCAUUCGAAGGGUUUACAAAUAUUAGGACGAACUCUGAAAGCCUCAAUGCGGGAAUUAGGUUUACUUAUAUUUUUCUUAUUUAUAGGCGUCGUACUCUUCUCAUCGGCGGUUUAUUUUGCGGAAGCUGGAAGCGAAAAUUCCUUCUUCAAGUCCAUACCCGAUGCAUUUUGGUGGGCGGUCGUCACCAUGACCACCGUUGGAUAUGGUGACAUGACACCCGUCGGCGUUUGGGGCAAGAUUGUGGGAUCACUGUGUGCCAUUGCUGGCGUGCUGACCAUCGCACUGCCGGUGCCGGUCAUCGUCAGCAAUUUCAACUACUUCUAUCACCGCGAAACGGAUCAGGAGGAGAUGCAGAGCCAGAACUUUAAUCACGUUACUAGUUGUCCAUAUUUGCCAGGUACAUUAGUAGGUCAACACAUGAAGAAAUCAUCGUUGUCCGAGUCCUCAUCGGAUAUGAUGGAUUUGGACGAUGGUGUCGAGUCCACGCCGGGAUUGACAGACACACAUCCUGGACGCAGUGCGGUUGCUCCAUUUUUGGGAGCCCAGCAGCAGCAGCAGCAACAACAGCCGCAGCAACAGGUUGCAUCCUCAAUGUCAAUGUCGAUCGACAAGCAGUUGCAGCAUCCACUGCAGCAGCUGACGCAGACGCAUUUGUACCAGCAUCAGCAGCAGCAGCAACAGCAGAACGGCUUCAAGCAGCAGCAACAGCAGCAACAGCAGCAGCAGCAGCUGCUGCAGCAGCAACAGUCCCACACAAUAAACGCAAGUGCAGCAGCGGCAACGAGCGGCAGCGGCAGCAGCGGCCUCACCAUGAGGCACAAUAAUGCCCUGGCCGUUAGUAUCGAGACCGACGUUUGACUACUGGGUAAGUGUUGGAUAACGCCACUCGCUUGCUGCACAGACCCCUCCACUCCCACUUUUAUCACACUCUCUAUCUCUAUCUUGCUCUGGCACACUCAUUUCUCUAACCCCCCCACCCCAACACCCUCCACCGAAACCCGUGCACCUUGAGCCGUAGAGCGUAACUAGGAUUAAGUGUUGCAAAAUGCCACAAGCACAAUGCAAAAUUCUAAAACGGAUCGUUCGCACUGACCGUAAUAGAUGCCGAUCAGUGAAAAGACUUUAAUUUGAAUCACUUGUCGAAUUUUCGAAAUAUUUCAAAGAUUUCGUUGCAAAACGACCAAAUUAUAAAAGGUCAGUCACUUGUAUUUAAAUAUCUCAAAUAUCAUAUUGCAGACAAUACGCGAUCAAAUAUUUUUUUUUUAAAUCAAACACAGCUAUUCUCUGUGCAGUGCGAACGUCCGAUCAAUUAAAUUGAACUGAAUUGAAUUACGAUUUGAUUAGAACAUAACUUUUUCUCUCUUUUCUCUCCACGUGGCGCGCUCUUCUACCUACGCGAUACAUAUGUUUGCCUAUGUUUACGUAUAAACCUAAUCCUAAACCUAAACCUUUGCCUACGUCUCGAUCCCUCUGUAUGUAUUACCGUAUGUAUGAUCUAUAUAUGAUAUAUGUAUAACGCAUUAAUCAGUGCAAAAGACGUUGCGUGGUAUAAAUUUGGCCUUGACAGGAGUUACGUUGGAUGCCAGAAACGACUACAAAAGCUGUUUAUAUUUAAUUUAAGUAGAACAAAUAACAAAACAAAUUUAAUCUAUUGCUAAAUUAAAUUAAAUCUAAAUUUAAACUUAAAUUAAUUUAAAAUUAAUUUAAUUAAAUUAUACAUUUAAAGAUAAACAACACAAAAACCGAAAAACAAAUCCAAACCAAAACAAACAAAAAGCAAAAAAAUGAAUGAGUAAGGGAGUACCAAUAAAUACGAGUAGCAUGGCAUAAUCCAAACUAAAAAGCAUUGACAAAUAACAAUGAUAAACAGAGGAGAGAUACAAAAGCAACAGCAUAAACAUCGAAGAAGUGAAGGCAGAAUUUAAAUCAAAUUUUUAACAACCGAAAGCUGAAUAACAACCCGAUCACACUGCAGCUGCAAACGGAAACUGUAAAUAAUGCAAUAAAUCAUUAAGCACACACGCCAUUAUUUUAGCAAGAAUGCAGAGAAGAAAAGCUUUAAGAACUCCGAUUGAAAGGACAUGAGUAUGAUCCGAGUGAUGGAACCCAGCACAGAGAAAGCAGUCUAUGAUGUCGAGGGAUGUCCCUUUAACCAGCUGAAAAAUAAAUAUGUAUAUGUACAUCAAAGCAGAUUUACGAUUUACACUCAGUCACCGAAACACACAUUACAAGAAAGUAUAGUAAAACUGCCGUAAUAUUUAACUAAAAACCGAAUCCAACUUGUAUAGUCAUCAAGAGAAACCCGAGGCAAUAUGUGCUUAUAAAUGUAACAGGAAAUACUAUCGUGUAACAAAAACUUAGACAACUAACCAUCUAACUGAACUACUGAAUAACUGAACUAACCAACUAAGCAUAUACACACAUAUAUGUGAUAGAUGUAUUAUGUGUAUAACCUAAACAAUAUCGUUCGUGGCAUUCUCAAGAAGACCCUUUGUUUUUUGACUAAAGCUUAAGAGAAAUCUAUACCCUCCGCCUAUGACCUAUGACCCACCCCACAAACUACUAACCUAUCCACCUCUCUACCGACUAACUGAACCCAUAUCAGCUAUAUCUUCUGCUUCGAUCCCCCCACCCCCGAAUAAAAACGAAAUAAAAAGUACAAAUAUUCAACUAAAAGCAAAAGCGAAACAACUAACGUAAAUAAUACGAAUGCUGCAGAGCCAGUGCUAAAAAGUAAAGGCGAAACGACUGCAAUUAAACUCAAAGACCGAACAUUAGUCAAAACAUCCAACGGAUUGCUCGUAUUCCCCAGUCACAGAUUCGCUCAAUCACAAUAAAAUCACAAGCAAACCAAAAAUGGCGACAAGAUAUACAACAAAACAGAAAACGCUCUUAUGAUUUUUGUAAUGAAAGCAAACUAUAUACCGCAAAAAAAUGAAAAGAAAAACAACCAAAAACCAAAGCUAACAAAUGGUAAAAGUUCAACUAAACAAUGGGGCUCUCCAGCUAUGAUUUCUUCGACUGAAUUGCAGGGGUUGGUCACUACACUAUCACCACCCCGAAAUAAAUACCCACACCCCUCGAAUUUUACAGAAAAAGGUAGUUGCAAAAAUAAAUAAUAAAACCAAGAAAUCGUUGACUGAAUUAUGCGAAUUCAACUUUUGCAUUAAAUGUAUAAUAAAAGAGAAACUACACAAUUAUAUAUUGUAAUAUGGAAAUAUAUAUUUAUGUGUGUGUAUGUGUAUACCAAACUGCAUAGAUGAAUAUAUAUUAUAUAUAUAUAUAGAGGAGGAGACCUGUAUAUACGAAGGGUUGCUCUUGCCGAUGUAAAUUGAUUAAUAGCAAUGGCAACAAGAUAUCGAUGAUCAUUCAAGUGUAAAUUUUAAAAAGCUUCGAAAACCGUCCACGCACACACACACACACACACACACGCGCGCACUAAAACACACACAUAGAUAUGGGAGGGGGGCUGACGCGGCCAGGGAUGGAGAGUAAGAGGGGGUUGCAGAGUCCGAAGCCAACCAAAGAUCCGGAGGAGCAGAGCAGAGCAAGUGCCUUAAGGAACAUUGUGCGCUGGCCGACAUAUCGAUCCCCUCUACCUCAGCCCCUGAUCAGUAGAGCAAGCCCCCUUCCCCGUUUGUUCCCACGCCCCCGCAACCCCUGGCAAUUCAGUGGAGAACAGCUUAAAGCGAACAAUAAUGCAACGUUUCCAAGGUGCCACAGUGGAGGCCAGAUAUAAAGGGUCGAACGAUACGUGUGUAAAUACUCAAUACCCAAAACCCAAAGAAAAUAGGGUAUUCCCACUGUGGCUGCUAACUGCUGUAAAUACUCUCCAGAUACAACUACAUCUUGCAAAUGCUAUUUUGUACAAAAAAAAUAAAAAACAAAACAAAAGCUUACGAUAAACCCAAUAAAACUAAUGAGUAUAAGUAAUAAAUGAAUAACACUUUCAAAUGUCAGUUAAUUGUACUGUACUUAGUCUUUGUAUCUGUAAGAAGGCAAAGAUUUAUGAGAUGAAUAAGCAUUAGAGAAGAUAAAGAUAUAGAUAAUGGUCCAGACGAUGACGAUGAAACUUGCAAAACACCAAAAACGAAUGAGGAUUGAGGAGAGGGAAAUGAAGCAUAACGAAAAGAAAACCGCUUACUUAAGAUUAGAUUUUAUGUUUUAGAUCGGUCAGAGGAGAUGAUUUUAGCUUCAUAUAUUCAAGAUACCAGAUAGCAGAUAAAAGAUAAAAGAUACCAAUACAUGAAAAUGGAAAAAUGAAACCAGCUAGCAGAUACAAAGAGCCGAGUGUAAAGUAAGGUUGUUUUUUUUUCCUAGCCUUAAUCUAGACAAAUGAAUAAAUUUAGCAAACAUAACUGUAAAUGAGUCUAAGAAUUACCGAUGUAUAGCAGAAUUUAGAAUUUUAUUUUAAUUUUAUUAUUACAAUUAUACGUUCAUAUUUUGUGUCCUACAUCUUAAGACUUUGAUUUAAUCACAAAAUAAGCCACUAUAAUUAAAGAACAACAAAAAAAAAACACAAAACAAAAACCACAAAUAAAGCGGAGAAAUCAGAAAAUAAAAAUCGUGUUAAUAUUUACCUAUGAAAGCUUACAAAAAACUGAAAUUAUAAAAACAUGAAAAAAAAACAGAAAAAUUUUGGAAUAAAUGUGUUCAGCAAAAGAAAUGUUAUUAUAUGUUUAAAUAAAUUACAAUUAAUUCGAAAUGAACAAAAAAUUUAAUGUAAUUAAAUUGAGCUAAGUACACAAGUAAAAUUCUAAACAAUUUCAAAUUGUACAUAAACACAGCAUAUACAUAUACAAUACAUAUAGCAUGUAGCAUAUAUCUAGACAUAUGCAUAUGCUGCAACCGAAUUACAAGCUAGCUAUCCGCAGACUAAGCGCCGACUAAAAUACGAAAACAAGAACCUUGAACAUACCAAAGAAAUACUAAAUACACAAGAUGAACGAACAGUGAGAAGAUUAAGAGAAAACGGAGCCCCAUGCUGAUCCAAUCCGAUCCGAUCCGAACCCACAAUAAAGAAGCGAUUUCGAAGCAAAUAAAUUGACAAAAGUUUUUCGAACCGUUUUUUAUUUCAAUUUCGCACAGUCUCCUGUGCCCCAACCCCCCUCUCUCCCACCAUCCGCCUUGUAAAUAAUACUCGCUAAUCGACUUAUGUAUCUUAUCCGUCUCAUUCCAUUCCGAUUCGCUCCGUUCCGUUCCAUAUAUAUUAUAUAUAUUUUUUGUAUUUGUAUUUUGGCGUAGAUCCGUAGUUAGUCGAGUCGAAAUGGAAUCGGAAACCGUAUCCCUUUCGAUCUAGGAUCUAGUCUGAAGCAAAACCGAUAGUUCUGUAUCCUUAGUUCGUACUGUAAUUGUAUUAGCUGGCGCUCAAAAAUGAAAAUAGCGAUAAAUACUGAAUUGUAAAUAUUUUAUUUGUUUUUGAUUAACGUAACUUGUGUGAGCUCAACCCAAAUCUCGUCUAUGGCAUAUCAAUCACCCAGCUGCAGUUGUUGAGUUAUCCAAUCAGUAAUCAGUCAAUCAGUCGAUCAAUGCUAGCCGAUUAGAAACACCCACAUAUAGAUACACACUCACAAACACGACUUAGGAGCUGAAAGCGCAUUUCAUUCGGUUUUUGUAUUACUUUCGUAUGCUUGAACUAUGAUCUACUCAACUCUACGCUCUACUCAACUCAACUCUAGUCUAGCCUACUUUAACCCAAAAGCGAAAUGCGUUAAACAAAAAAACUUAGGACGAUACAUUAGUGAAUGGAAAUCCAGACAAGAAGAAUAUGAUGAUGAAGAAGCAAACAUAUCGUUGUAAAGCAAGAACUAAGUUAUGAUAACCACGAAUAACUCAAAGGAAAAGUCUAACUUAUUAAUGCAUAAUUAUUUUCGAAUAUAACACUAACACGCCACAACAAACACUCGACUUCGACUUCUCCAGUUCAAUUCAAACCAAAAACAAUCUUUUCAAGUUUUCCAUUAAAUUUAAUUGCAAACCUAACGAAAAAAAAUUUUAACACACAUACGUAAAGAAAAAAAUAUAUAUAAAAAUAUUGAAAAACAUUUUGAUUGUACGGAUUAUGAUGAAACAAUACACAUUUACCAUAUGCUAUAUACGAGUAAAUCAAAACAUAAACCGACAAAAGGAAACAAAAAUAAAAAAUCUUUCAAAAUCUUCUCAAUGCUUCAAAAAUAAAGAAAAAGAAAACCAAUUUCUAUUAAGGACAAAGACUGCAAAUAGAGAUUUAAAAAAAAACGUACACUUAAAAACCAAAAACAAAACCAAAACAUUUUAAUUAAUUGAUUUUUAAUUCUAAUUUGGCCUUGAUUCAACAUACCAAUAAAUAAGUUUAGGUUUAGUUAGAAGUUCAAGACAUAACACUACACAAUACAACCGAACCGGACCGGACCGGACAGAACUGAAUCGAAUCGAACUUUCAAUUUGGAGAACUCAACCCGAACUCGAAAAAUAGAGCAUCAGCCUAACUUUAAAACAAUAACAAUAAUACAGAACCAAACAACAAAACCAGUCCUAAACAAGCAAAUCAAAGCAGAUGAAUGAUAACUAAUAAUACAAAUUCGAAUGCGAAUGACAGGCGAAAUAAUACCCAUAGAACAAAAUCCAAAAUCUAGUAUUACGCCCAAUAAGAUAUUACAAAAAAAACCGAAACUCACACACAAAUUAAACCAAAAGAAACAAGAGAACGCAAAAUGAAAACAAAACAAAAAAAAAAUGGAAAUGUUGUUAAGAUUAAAAAUGAAAUGUUUUAUAAUCGUUAUUCAAUAAAAAUAAAAAAUAAAUAAAUUUCCAAGAAAUCAUUAACCCAAUAAACGCAAGCAAUGCCGCAAUUCGAAUUCAUUCGAACAAUUCUAGCUGUAAUCUACCACCAUCCAAAAAACCCAACCGACUUCUCCCGAAAAGCCCCUUUUUACCUCAUUUUAGACUAGCUGGUAGUAUUUGCUUUGUGUUCGUACUCCUAUCUAAGUAAUUUUUUGGGUAGACUUCUUUGAAGGGGGUGGCAUUAUAACUAGUUAGUCACUAUCGUUAUUCCUACAGUUAUCGUAAUUGUAAGCUUUGGCUCUAGUUCCUUUAGCUUUAAGUCCAGACCCUUGGCCCGAAAAGGGGGGCUUGGCACCUCCCCUCUUUUUUGAACACGCAGACAGACAACCCUCACACACACACAAACACCAGUCAUACCCCAGUAUAUCUAUAGUAAAUAUAUACAUAUAUAAAAUAUAUAUGCGAAAAUGUCAUGCCAGUAGCACAUUCCAUUGCAGACAUUUCCUAGCGUAGUUUAGCUAUAUUGCCCACCUCCCAUCACUCCCCAAAAAUAAAAGCAUACACAUAUCUCCGUGAGCACACACACACACUAUCGCAGACUCGUUCAUAAAACUGCGACAAAAAGAGUGAACAAAAGAAAUAUUUAAAAAAGAAUAUCCAUGCAACUUACUGAAAAUCUUGGAAAGUUGAAGUCCAAACAGGUUAAAUCCGGCCCGGCAGUCAAAGCGAUGCUAAACCAACGAAUGGUGAGUGCAAAAACCCUCGAGACCUCUCUCCAAAAACCCCCCUCCGCCCGGUUAUCCCCCUCUGUCUACGUCUCAUUAACGAUACCCUUUAAUAUUAUAUAUAUAAAAAUCUAUGAAAAUUUCUAUCGUUCCCUAAGAAAACGCAAAGUCUCAGUCGGUUUUUUCCCAUGACUCUCUAUCUUUUUAUGUUUUGAUUUUGAUUAUGACUUUGAAUUUAACUAUUCGUAUUCGUUUUUGUGUAUGCCUCCGCCUCCAUUUUGAUUUUGCCUAUGCCCUCGGAUCUACGCUAUAUAUAUAUAUAUAUACACAUAUCGAUUUACGUAUAAGCAUUGACCAUAAUAAUGAUAAUCGUACAUGGAAUAUUUUGUAAACUUUUGCUUACGUUCUCCCCCCUGCGCCGAAUGUAAAACUGUAAGAAUCGCUUCAGCGCUCAGCCGCCUGCGCCUGCACCUGCUCAGCCGACGCUCCUGCGCUAUCCUGCUAUAUCGUUACCGUUACCGUUACGUUACCGUUAUCGCUAUAUCAUUACCGCUAUCGCAACCAGCAGCAGCAGCAGAAGCAACUGCAGCAGUAGCAGCAACUGCCGCAGCAGCAACAACUGCAGCAGCAGCAACAUCAGCGUCUAGAACAA